GACUAGCUAUUCAGUGACUAUAAACUCUCCAAAUAAAAACAAACAAUGGUUUUUAGACUUUGAUAUUGCAUUGCCAGUAAUUUUUACAGAUUUUCUGUAUAUCUUAAUAUUUAUUCAUAUGAAUGUAGUGCGUAGUUUGUGCAUGUUUUAAUUACUUUGUUAAACGCCAAGUCAAUACUGAUUUACGUACCUGCUCAAAUCUGGCAAAAACAACCCAUAAAUGGCAAAAAUAAGGGACCUUCCAGAGGAGCUAAUAAUUCUUAUCUUCAGUUUUCUGAAGCUACGCGAUCGAAAAGUAGCAUCUCGUGUUUCGCGGCUUUGGAAUCGUCUGGCUUUUACGGAUAGGCCAAUGAGAACGAUCUCACUACACGUCGCUGACUAUCUAGACCCCAAACAGUACAGAGUUCUACUCAAAAGUAAUCGCUGUUAUCGUAAUCUGACACUGGAAUGGACAGAAUCUUCCAAGUUGCAUUUCAUUGUUGAUGUACUGGAAAAGUUUGGCCCAGAGCUGAGCUCUCUAAAGUUGUCAACAUACGUAGUUACACCGCUGGUCCUUGUGCGAUUCCUACGAAAAGCCCCCAACCUGAACGAGCUCAUCAUUGAGGGAAGCUUUUGCAGUGAAGGCUGCGAUGUGAUUCCAACGUUUAAAAACUUACGAGUACUUGAAUUAACUCAGCGAGGAUUCGAGGAUGAAAUAUGCAAAAUAAUCCCGAGGAUGUUUCCUAACGUAACGUCGCUAGAUUUGGUUGCAGCCGAAAAUGCUGCGUUCGAUUUGAUAUUGCAAUACGGAAAACAGCUGAAAUGUCUUCACGUGCUGUUAGAGUAUUCAUAUUUUGUACAGUUUUGUACCCUCGAUUGUUUGAGUAAUUUACGGCGACUUUACAUAUAUUGGCCACAGUCAGCUGACUUUAAAGUUUCGGUAGAAAGCUUCUAUCAUAUGGAGCUACUUGAAAGUGCCUCUCUUACUGGGGCGUUGAACGAAAACAUAUUCGAUACUGUUUGCAAGAAAUGGCAGCACUUGGAGCAUCUAUGUAUUAAUAUACAGUCUAUGAAAGCGGUGACGUUUAGGAAAAUUACACAACUGGGUAAACUGCGGACCUUAAAAAUUCAAGGUUCUAUACGGGAAGGAAACUUUCUGAAGGAUGUUCAGUUACCCAAAAUAAGCCAUCUUGUUUUGGAUGGAAUCUCGACGAGCAACAAUUUCUACGGGCAUCUGGCAAGUUUCGUGCCCAAUGUGAGGUAUUUGAAAAUUUACGAUCACACUUUCGAAAACGCUCACUUACGUUUGCUGUGUACUACUCUGACGUCUCUUCGUGCACUUUCACUGGAUUAUUGCUACCAGGUAAAAGAUGAUGGAUUUCAGUUUUUAAACAGACUAACGAAUCUCAUUGAAUUGCAAUGUUGGUCGAUACCCAUGUCUGAGAAUGCGUUUCUCAAAUUUCCUAAAUGUCGCAACCUGCGAACCUUUAGUGUAGGUGGAAGUGGAUGGAUCACGAACAAAGCAAUAUUGGAUAUCCCUACGGUAUUUCCAAACCUAAUCGAGCUGCAAAUCAUCGACUGUACCAAAGUGGAUGAGGACACAAUAUGGACUCUUCAGAAGCAGAUGAAAAAAUGCUCGGUAGUGAAACUCGAGAAACCGGAGUUCGAUACCUAUAACGAAGCUGUGUGGCAGAAGUGUUGGUGAUUUAACAUCGGUGUACUACAUAUCUGUGAUAGUUCACUGUUUUAUGCAUAUCUUGCCAACAUGGCAGCUCGUUCGAAAAACUGCCUAUUUAUUGUCGAAUUGGAACAUGGUUGACUGUGUGUAAAAUUAGUAUACUGUGUUACAGAAACAUCA